UUGCAACGUGGCGGUCUCCAAAGGCUCUAUAAAUAGACACUGCCACUGGCUGGCUAUGAACUUAGACAUCAUUGUGUAUCAAAUCCUCACUGCCAACAAACAAAAAGAUAAAAUCUCGCUCAAACUUACUGAACAGCUCCAUCAAUGGCGUCCCUAUACAAGCACGAGGAUCUUCCCCCACCUUUGGAUUCCACUGCCAGCCCACCUCCUCUCUUUGAUGGAACAACAAGGUUGUAUAUCGCUUAUUCCUGCCCAUUUGCUCAACGCGUCUGGAUCAUUAGGAAUUAUAAGGGUUUACAAGACAAGAUCAAACUAGUUCCCAUUAACCUUCAGAAUAGGCCCGCUUGGUACAAGGAAAAGGUCUACGCUGGGAAUAAGGUGCCAUCUUUGGAACACAAUGGAAAAGUCAUUGGAGAAAGUAUAGAUCUGAUCAAAUAUGUGGACAGCAACUUUGAAGGACCCUCACUUUUCCCUGAUGAUCCUGCCAAAAGAAAGUUCGGCGAGGAUUUGAUAUCGUACCUUGAUAAGUUUGUAGGGGGAGUUUAUACUUCAUUUCAAUCAGACCCAGUAAAGGAAGCAAAUGCUCAAUUUGAUUACUUGGAAAACGCUCUUAACAAGUUUGAUGAUGGGCCAUUCUUCCUGGGACAAUUGAGCUUGGUGGACAUAGCUUAUAUUCCAUUUGUAGAGAGAUUCCAAAUCUUCUUAUCAGAGGCGUUCAAGUAUGACAUCACAGCAGGCAGGCCUAAGCUAGCACUGUGGAUUGAGGAGUUCAAUAAGAUUGAUGCUUAUAAAGUAACGAAAACUAAUCCAAAAGAGCUUGUUGAAUUCUACAAAAAGCGCUUCUUGAAUGAUCAGCACUGAAGUUGCCAAAUAUAGGAUUUCUGGAUAUAUUAUAAAUAAGGGCUCAAUUUACUUAGAAUGUUUUCCCCAAUCUAAGAAAUAUUUGUUUGUGUAUGUAUGUGUAUCUUUUUUAUGUUUGUUUUUUUUUUAAGGACGAAUCUUGUGUGUGUAUCUGCUAGUGUUUGGUGGAGUCCUGUUAAGCCUUUGUAUUCAGCAUGUUGCUGCCAUACCUAUGUAUGCCAUGCUUUUAUUUAAAUAAGAAAACGUCAAAGGGUCAUUUGGCGACGUGCCGUAUUUGCUCUCA